GUUCUACCCACUGUGGAACGUAUCCAAGUAUUCAUACUGUAUUUACAUCCAAGGCACGGUCCUCUCAGAAAUGGAUAGGUGAAUUCGCUUGAACAGAAGAACAAAACAAAAGAAGGUUCCGUUCCCAUAGUGUGGAAUCCUAUCAGACCGCUAUCAGACUUACGGGCAGUGUGCAAUUAUGAGACAUAUCGACCCUGCCAUUCGCCAAUCCUAAUGCACCGCUAUCAAUCGGGACCAUCAGACAAGAACAGCUACACCGCGAAAUGGUACGAAUGAGGCAUUCUCCCGAUCGCCACUCACUACGAAUAUCCUUCAAUGAUUUACCCGACGAUGUUCUUAUCAUUGUCUGCUCACAAUGCCAGCUUGAUGAACUUCUAGCUUUACGCCUUACCACUUUCCGGAUACGCAACCUCAUUGACCACCACCUCGCCACCAUUGCACCUGCGGUAGGCCGCUCCAGCCUCCCGCUUGCUGGCCUUCUGAACGCGCCUCUCCCAAAUCGAUCUUGCUAUACCAUUGAAUGGCUAAAAGCUCUCAUCCCCAGGCAAUUAGCAGCUAUUCUAGUUGACCGGCAUCGCUCUUCGGUUGAUGGGACCCAAUUACGGUAUGGAAUUCCGGCUGAGGAUCCCUUUGGCGAAGAAUUACGCGAGCGAGUUGCGAAUGGCUGGUGUGUUUUGCGCCGGUUGUCUAGGAUAUCAGAGCAGGUGUACGAUCUUGACCCCCGCCUUGUCUUAAAGUCGUCCACAGAUCUGGCGUGGAAAGUCGUAAAUCCGGCUCGGUUCAAGUUCGAGUUGUUCCGACAAAGGGAGGACCUCGUACUUACCAGACGAUUGGCUUAUGUAGAAGAGCUACCUAGCCAUUUGGCAAGAGACUAUCGGCUUAUGUUCAUGCUCCUGUCUUCGGCAUUUCGCACCUCAGUUUCCAACUACGGCGAUGAUUACAAACCGUGGGUUUUUGACUGGGGCUGUGGUAUCGAUGGACAGCGGUUGCUGAGAAGAGGCAAUUCCUGGCUGACUUGGUUCCUCUUGAACGAAGGACCGGAUCUGUUCUGGCAGCAAUGGCAGAUGCUUCCCGCUGACGAGCCCAAUACAAAGAACUACAUUCGGGAUCGCUCAAUCGAGACUUGGUUCGGAAAGAACAAAGCCGACCCUGAAGACUUCAUCCGCCAAUUCCUCGCCAAAGAGUGGGAGGACGUCAAUGAGAAGUGGCAUAAUAUUCAGCGUGACCACGCUCAGAAAGUUCACAGGGCGAUGGAAGAGAAAGCCACAAAGGGCAUGACAGACUUUGCCUCCACCAGCCCAAUCGUAUACUUCACCCAGUAUGCUGAGGUGAGACGGCAGAGGGAGCUAUCCGGCUUGCCUCCUGUCGCCGAAACGCUUUCUCAUGUCCCGUUUCACAUCGACUUCCGCUGUCCCGAAGAAUUAUUCCAAAAGUUCUGCGCACUGAGACAGGAGAAAGCAUCCGCGAUUGCAAAUCCGUCCACCGCUAGGAAUUGAAUCAUGUAUAUGGAGCCAAACUUCCGUUGUCUUGUACAUUCACGGCAUGCUUUAGCAUCACAGGGGGUUUAACCAGACUUGGAGUAUCUUCAUCAACGCAGCAAUCUUGUAUUUUUCUUUCGCAAUAUACCGGUUCAAUCAUGUAGCAGUGAUACCGCGUGCGGUGGCUUAGAAAAUGCCAAUGCCAUACUUACCACUGGCGGUUCCUUGACCUCGCGCGAGAGCUGUGUCUCUUACUCGUCCCAUGCAAACGCCACAUUAGGCAACACAUCUAUCCUUACUUUGGGAUAUCCUAAGUCUGAUUUUCACGAAUCCAUGUGUUAUUUUUUCUUACGCUUUGUGUUUAUGUAAGUUCAGUAAUGAUUCUAUCUGUGAUGAGUACAGCGGAGAACAGUAUCUUGGGCACAAGAACCCGUGACUAGAUACCAUAGGCAACAAUCGUUCAGAUGUCACCGUUCGCUCGACUGGAAGGCUUUGGAAUAGUGGUAGAGGA